AUGAACCAAAAAGGAGUUGACAAAAAAUUUAUUGGGUGGAACAAUUUGAAAGUAGCACCCAGAGGAAAUGUGCGAGAAUUCGUCGAAAAACAUAAUGGACAUACAGUUAUCACAAAAAUUCUAAUAGCAAAUAAUGGCAUCGCUGCUGUAAAAGAAAUUCGUUCCAUCAGAAAAUGGGCUUAUGAGAUAUUUGGAGAUGAACGUUCUAUCGAAUUCACUGUUAUGGCCACACCUGAAGAUUUGAAAAUAAACGCUGAAUAUAUUCGAAUGGCCGAUCAAUACAUUGAAGUUCCUGGUGGUUCUAAUAACAAUAAUUAUGCCAACGUACCUCUAAUAGUCGAUAUAGCUGAGCGAACAGAUGUUCAUGCUGUAUGGGCAGGAUGGGGACAUGCAUCAGAGAAUCCUCGCUUACCUGAAGCACUUGCACAAUGUAAAAAUAAAAUCGUAUUUAUAGGCCCUCCUGGUUCUGCUAUGCGUUCUCUUGGUGAUAAAAUAUCUUCAACCAUCGUGGCUCAAUCGGCUAAUGUGCCUACGAUGGAGUGGAGUGGUAGUGGUAUUAAUGAGACUGAAUUUGAUGAUGAUGGUCAUGUUAUGGUUCCAAAUGAUGUUUUUGAGAAAGCAUGUGUAAAGGAUGCUGAGGAUGGUUUAAUCAGAGCUAAUAAAAUAGGGUUUCCAGUUAUGAUCAAAGCUUCAGAGGGUGGUGGUGGAAAAGGUAUACGUAAAGUUGAGAAUUCUGAGAACUUCAAACAGGCUUUUGCUCAAGUUCGAGGUGAAGUUCCUGGUUCUCCAAUUUUCAUCAUGAAACUUGCUGGUAAUGCUCGCCAUUUAGAAGUUCAGGUUCUUGCUGAUCAAUAUGGUAAUGCAAUUUCGCUAUUUGGCCGUGACUGUUCUGUACAACGGCGUCAUCAAAAAAUUAUUGAAGAGGCUCCAGUAACUAUAGCAAAACAUGAUACUUUUAAGGCCAUGGAACAAGCUGCUGUUCGAUUGACUAAAUUAGUUGGUUAUGUUAGUGCUGGUACAGUAGAAUAUCUUUAUUGUGAUGAUGAUGCCUUUUGUUUUCUUGAAUUAAAUCCGAGGUUACAAGUCGAACACCCAACUACCGAGAUGGUUUCUGGUGUAAAUUUACCUGCUGCUCAAUUACAAAUAGCAAUGGGAAUACCUCUUCAUCAAAUUCGUGACAUACGUGUGCUUUAUGGUUUGGACCAUAAUGGUACAUCAGAAAUUGAUUUUGAUUUUUCAAAACCGGAAUCUUUGCAAACACAAAGAAAACCUGCUCCUAAAGGACACGUAAUUGCUGUCAGAAUUACCGCUGAAAAUCCUGAUGCUGGUUUCAAACCUAGUAGUGGAAUGGUACAUGAAUUAAAUUUCAGAAGUAGUACUAAUGUUUGGGGUUACUUUUCGGUAAAUUCCGCUGGAGGUCUUCAUGAAUUUGCAGAUUCUCAAUUUGGUCAUAUUUUUGCCUAUGGCGAAAAUCGACAACAAUCACGCAAAAACAUGAUAAUCGCUCUUAAAGAACUAUCGAUUCGUGGUGAUUUUAGAACUACUGUUGAAUAUUUGAUAAAAUUGUUAGAGACAAAUACGUUUGAGGAAAAUAAGUUUACAACAGGUUGGUUGGACACUUUGAUAUCUGCUGAACACUUAACGGUAGAAAGACCAGACAAGAUGCUCGCUAUUAUGUGUGGUGCGGUUGCGAAAGCUUACACUAAGUCACAAGAAUCUUUAGCAGAAUAUAAACGUUUCUUAGAAAAAGGCCAAAUUCCUAGCAAGGAUGUUUUACAAACUGUUUUUACUAUUGAUUUUAUUUAUGAGGGUGUUCAAUAUAAAUUUACUUCCAUGCAGUCCGCUCCUUAUUCCUUCAUUCUAUAUUUAAAUGGUUCUAAGACUCAAGUUUCAGUUCGAGCUCUUUCAGAUGGUGGUCUUUUAGUGUUAUUGGAUGGCAAAAGUCAUACGUGUUAUUUCCGUGAAGAGGUCCAAGCGACUCGUUUGAUGAUUGAUGGUAAAACUUGUUUGUUAGAACAAGAAAAUGAUCCAACUCAACUUCGUUCUCCAUCUCCUGGAAAACUUGUAAGGUUUUUGGUUGAAUCUGGCGCUCACGUUCAUAGUGGUGAUGCUUAUGCUGAGAUUGAGGUGAUGAAAAUGUAUAUGCCUUUGGUUGUUACUGAAGACGGUGUCGUGCAAUUUAUAAAACAAGCAAAUUCAACACUUGAAGCUGGUGAUAUCAUUGGUAUUCUUGCUCUAGAUGAUCCAAGUCAUGUUCGUCAUGCAACUCUUUAUGAAGGCCAACUUCCUUUAAUGAGCCCACCA